AUGCACAACACAGUCCACAUUGAUGAAAAGUGGUUUUACAUCACAAAAACAUCACAAAGGUUCUACCUCACCCCUGAAGAGACAGAACCGCAUAGGACAUGCAAGAGCAAAAAAUUCAUCCAAAAAGUCAUGUUCAUGUGUGCUGUGUGUCGGCCAGUGUUUGAUGAUGAUGGCAGCUGCUUGUUUGAUGGGAAGAUUGGAAUAUUUCCAUUCACAGAAUUAGUACCAGCCAAAAGGAAGAGCAAAAACAGGGCUGCAGGGACAAUGGAGCUCAAGCCCAUACAAAGCAUCACAAAAGAAGUUGUGAAAGAUUGCUUUAUAAACAAGAUUGUUCCUGCUAUUAAAGCAAAAUGGCCAGCAAAUGCUAGCAAAACCAUCUACAUACAACAAGAUAAUGCUAUGCCUCACAUACAAGACUCAGACCCAGAUUUCAGAGCUGUUGCUUCAGCAGAUGGAUUUGAUAUUCAUUUGAUAAAUCAACCACCAAACUCCCCAGACACAAACAUCAAUGAUCUGGGGUGGUUUAGGGCAAUUCAGUCCCUACAAACUGAAUCAGUUUGUAACAGUGUAUCAGAACUUGUGAAUGCUGUGAUUAAUUCAUUCAAUGAAUUAAGCCCAAACACUUUGAACAAAGUGUUUUUGAGCUUACAAUCUUGCAUGAUUGAAAUUCUGAAGGUUAAAGGGAGGAAUAGCUACAAAAUUCCUCAUAUGAGGAAGGAUGCACUAAUUAGGCAGGAUAUGCUCCCAUUGAAUCUCCAAGUUCCAAGUGAACUUGUUAGGGAGUGCAUAUCUUAUCUAAUUGAGCAUGGAGCACUAUCCAUAACUGACUCAUUAAUGCAACAGUUGGGAGUGAAUGCAGGAUGCACAAAUGAGCUUGAGGUGAUGGUGCAUAACCUUCAAAUUCAAGGUCAUGAAGGUUUGUGA